UUUGUGCUUGCAAAAGACGAACUGCCUGCUCUUGUACGAUGUUUCUAUCACCACCGCUAGAUGCAUGUUGUGCAUUGUAAUUGGCGCUAUUUGGUGAACGUGCUCGCCUACACAGUUGGCUGACGCGAUUAGGAUCCGUGUUUACAAGUAAAAUGGGAGAUAACACGUAUGUUUAGCUAUGUUUCGUGUUUUGCAUUAAAAAGCACCGGGGCGAAAGAGAGAUGAUAGCUUUGAUAAGCGUGGAUCGUUCCUUUAACCCGAUAUUUCAGCGCGAUGUGAUUUUUUUUUUCUCGUUUUGUCUCCCGUGUGCCUUACAUGAUGUAAUCGGGUAUGUUUCCACAAUGCGUGUAAGGCCUUAAGUCGCCCUGAGUUGUAUUGUUGUGAUGGUGUCGCGUGUUUUAUGAAUUGUGAUAAAUGACAUGAAACAAAGAACGAAUCGCGAAAGAGCCGUUCCUUGAUGUUCUUACUUCUCGCGGUAUUAACACGUCUUGUAUGACCAUUGCUACCCAAGAAACAUCUUGAGAUUGCCACCGUCAUACUGUCGACCACAGGCGGAUGACACCCUACCCAGCCUAGCGGGGCGAAGAUGUUUCUCUUUCCCAGGACACUGACCGUUCGAGGCAUCGCACUAGCCGCCGUCGAAGUGGUUCAAGGAGUCGCAGCCGAUCCGGAAGCCGCAGCCGGGACCGUCACGGCAGCAGCUCCAGGGGCAGUGGAAGCCAUCGGAGCCACAGGCGCCAUGGUGACCGCAGCCGGGAGCGUUCCCAUCGUCGAGACAGGGACAGCUCGCGUUCACGCAGCAAUAGGAGGAGCCGUAGUCGCAGUGGGAGCCGAAGCCGGAGGGAGUUCUCCAAGAAGUCCUCAUCGGAGAGGUUCGAAAUGGAGGACAGAGCACUUGCCUCUUCAGCGAGCAGCACUACUACUAGGGCACUGGCUGUUUCAGCAGUGUCCCAGGCAUCCGCCUUGAGCGUGAGUGCUGCCACCCCAUCUUCUACCGCAGCACCGCCACCCGGGGUAUCUGCCUGCACUAGCAGCAGCCAGAGCAGCUGCUGUGCGCUCUGGUCUUAUGUCUGCCGAGGCACUCAACGCACCUCCACCGCAGGGCCCAAACUCUCUGCCCAGCUACUACAACCCGACAGCUGUGAGUGCCCUCAAGUACACGGAACAGAUGCAAAAGCGCAAGCUCCUCUGGAAGAAGCCCCAGCAGGACGAAGUGGCUGCAGAAACGGAGGCACCCACUCCACAGCCCAACUCUACGUGUGCCAAGGUGUGGGAGAAGAUGACCUUUGCUCAGGACAACGACGGCAAGAUGACUGCCAAGUUCCGCAAGCUCAUGGGCAUCCGCGGCGACCCUCCACCGCCCACCGAUAAGCCCGACCCCGCAGUCAACCCUCUGCUGAAGCAGCAGGAAAAGUUGUUCCAGGACUUGGACCAGCAGUAUGAGGCGGCACGCGUGUCAACGCAUACGCACCGCGGUGUCGGCCUCGGCUACAGUUCACAGAUGGCGGCCUUCUUGCAGCAAACCAAUCUGAACACUAAGUGAACAGUGGGUGGUCCUGCUUUGUACAUACUGACAUUUGGGUGGAUGAUUUCCAUCAUCGUCACGUGCAGUGCGUCCAUCGGGAAAAUCGCUGCAACAUCAUGGAUUGAACUCUGUAGUCCAACCUUCUCAGUAAUUUAGGUGCUUUGGAAUGGCCCCACUUGAGCUGAUAAUAGGCGCUUGAUGUCUGUGUGCACAAGACACGCAAUUGCACUUUGCGGAACAACAGCAAAAAGUGGGAGCCACAAUGGAACAGCGGACUUGCUUGUACAUACAGAGUGUCGUCAAUGUUUACUGUACACUAAGUGUAAUUCAUUAAGGUCAGAUGAACUCAUCCAUCAUACAUGCCAUCACGUCACUAGCACGGCAUCUGUUGAGAGCGUCUUUCGAAUUGCCAGUAGUUAUUGGGACAGCUGAGCAUUGGCUGCUGCUUUUAAUAUCAUCUUCAGCUCAUGCAGAAAAAGCAAUAAAUUCUUUAAUAACGCCAGGACGGUGACGUGAUAAAGGUUUGAUGGCUGUUUGAAUCAGGCCUCAGGUCUAGGAUGUCAGUGAUUGGUGUCACCACUGAUGAAUAUAAUCCCAGUCAGUAAGGUUUUAUACAAGGCUACAUCUGUUACCUUAGUUGAGUAUGUAUGCUGAAAAAAUGUUUUGCAGUCGGCAUGCAGCGAUAACAUGUUAUUUCCCCCCUACACUUACUCUUAGCUCAGCAGCAACAUAAGAUGCAAGUGUGGCAUGCAGUAAAAUGCAUCUUUAUCAGUGCCUCCUGUCACGCUGGUCUGCUUAAACCACGGUGUAAGAGGUUUAUUAGGUGAGAGAGCGCCGAUAGAUGGCGAAAGUGAUCGCGGCCUGCUCAACCGGCUACGCUGCGCGUGCACGCUGGUGCGUACACAGCCGCGGCGCGACGAAUGAAAAAUAUAUCGUUCGAGUCAGCGGCCAUUGGGAGUUCAUCUGUGAAUCAAGCGAAUGUUUGCUUGCACUCCUUAAUAUCCGCUGCACCUACCCGUACAGCUAUGACGAACUGCGAUUGAGUAGAUGUCACAUUGGCCCCAGCGUGUGGCGUGGUUGCACAAGUUUCAUCGUAUUCUAGAGACAACUGCUGCUACUUGUUUUUUAAAUUUUAUUUAGAGAAAUUGCAACAACAUUGAAUGGACAGCACGGCAUGAACAAGACAUUAGAUAAUAAUCGAUUUUUUGAAGUUCGAUCCCCGAUCUUUUAGCAGUCAUAAGGUUGUCAAACAUGACACUCCUGUCGGCUUUUACGGUGAACCCUACCUGAAACCACAAUCAAAAAACAACACCAACAUUUUUCUAUCCUUCUAAACUAGCCAUUGUACAAUGAUUCAACACAUGUUUGCUUGUUUCUUUCACCAUUUAUUUAAAUAAUAGCAGCGUUCUCAAAACAAUAACAGCGAAACAUACAAACUGAGUACACACCUAAACUUAUAUGCGAAUGAAGGUUAUAAAAGCGGUGCUGCACUCGUGCCGACAUUGGGUGUCAAACAUGCUUUGACAUUUUUCGCAAGUCUGCACACUCAGACAAUCGAUUGUUUCAAACAAGCUCUGACAUUUUUCGCAAAUCAUGGCUGUUUGUUUCGUUCUUCUUUUUCAAUUGCCUGCCGUACUGCCGCAUGCGCAGGCACACGUAAUAAUGCAACAGCUUUGCCAGCAUUUCUUCUUUGUGAGCACUGCAUGGAAACAUAAAGUUGUGAUUCUCCAGCACAGCAUCAAUGGUUUUGUCGUAUACAUCUCGGUCACUAGCAUGUUUUGCAAAAUGCUCUUCAGUGCAUUUGAAAAGAUCGGAGAGAUGCAUGUUUGGGUGUGUCAGCCAGCCCUUUGUCUUGCAGUUCACUAGGUCGGCUUCAGGGACAUUUAUAGUGCCUUUUUUUUCCCGCAAGAGCCUCUUUGCAACUGGUGCAGCAUGUGCAGCUGCCAACCUUCCGGGAUACGAAUCUUGUGACGUAGUAGACGAUGCAGUCAACUACUGUUGCGUCUGAGUCGUCGAAGUCGAAGAGGUCGUCGCACUCCCAGCUUCCUUCUUCAAUCAGGCCGUCAAGUUUUUCUUUCAGUUGUUCUAAUUUGGCAGGGUGUUGCGAGGAUGAAUCACUGUAAAUAUUUCUUAAAUCAGCCAAGGUGACAACAGAAGCUUGCUUGUUUCCAGUAGUUGUGCAGUUGCCGAACUGCGGUGGCUUUAGCAAGGAAUACAGGCUCAGCAUGCGGUAUAGCUGAAGGAACGUGGGAAAUGUAGGGUGUUCGUUCUGCCCUCCAGCUUGCCUGACGAUACCAAAAAAACAUUCCAACGGGUCUUGAUUCAUUUUUGCUGUUAGAACAUACUUGUAACCGCACUCUUUCAAUAGGUAAACUGAAAGCUCCCGCACCGACUUAAUUGUUACACGUAAGCCUUCAGCGGUUGACUGCGUCAAAAAAACGUCUUUGGAAAUCUCUCCUUUCACGACCUCUGUCUCCCAAGAGUCUAGCCACACAGAUGCAGCUUCUAGGACAGAAAAAUCUUUACAUCCCAGUUUUAGGCCUUCUGCAGGGAAACUGCCGGUUCAGUGCAUCAAAGAGGUCAUUUAAAAAAGAAAGGGUAACUGGACUGUCAGCUCGGCAUUAGUUAGACGUGGUGCGCCUUUCUGUGCGUAGAACAUUAUUCCUUUAGCCACGGAGUUACUAAAAAUCUGUGUUGCAAGCUUAACUCUCAUUUUCAGCAUCUUAGAAGGGUUGACGUGAUUAUACGUUAUUUUUAGGCGCACUCUAAGUUCACCACAGUGCUUGCUGUCUGCAACGAACAGGGCAUCAUAGCAUGACCAUCUAAUGAGCUUGCCAUCUUUCAUCAAUACCUUCUUGUCGUAUAGUGGAUUCCUAAUGCACUUGAAAAGAUGAGGGGUGUCAGAUAGGACAUACACCUUCCUUGAAGAAUCCAGUGGGUGCUCGAAUGCAUUCACCACGUUGCCCAGUACGCCGCUGAUCCCAAGCUGCUUCCACAUGGAGCGGUUCGUGGAUGCUCCAUCGCACACAACGCCGUCAACGAACACUCCGGCCUGCUCAAGUUUCACAAUGCACUGAAUCAAGAGCUGCGCCAAAAGAGUCCCCUUAGUCGGUCCUUUGGACGCAAACACUGCUAUGGGCUGUGAAUAGUUCUCACCGAACCGGGCAAAAGCGAAAACCAGGCCGUGAUUCUGCGAGCUCACUACUCUGAUCCUUUGUUUCUCCUAUGGUAACGAGGCCAGUGUAUGUCAUCGUUUUUGAAUUGACGGAUAUUUCCUUCCUUACUUGAAUUUCGUCAAAUAUCAGCAUCCCUCUGCGCUGAAACUGUGGCUUAGAGAAAUUUUCAUCUUGAAAGCUUUGAAAAAGUUUUCAUCGAAGCUACAUUUGAGGCCGACCAUGCUUAUGUACUUUCUUAUCGUAGUGAUGCAUGGCAACGGCAGCACGUCAUUAGUGCGCAGAAAAGCAUAUGUAGCUGGGCUGCGGAUGUUCAGAAGAAGACACAACAGGAGCCAGUCAUUCCGUAUACCUGCCUGUAUGUUUUUGAGGUGCACUUUGCGGCCGAUAUGCACUCUUCUAACAGAAGAAGCUGCGCUGGUGGCAAGUUGAGGCCCUUCAAUUUUUUAGUGACGUCUUCUUCCUGCAGCUGUGCAAGUUCCUUCCUAGAAGCUUGCAACUGCCCUAACAGGAGCUUGUUCCUUCUUGCGAGUCGUGCUUGUGAUCUUUGGAGUGCAUAGUUUGCUCGCCUCAAAGCGUGGAGCUUCUGUUUUUGAGCAGGGGCUACUUCUAACCUGAUGCGCUUUAAUGGUCGAUCCUGUUUGGCUCUUGCAGCUCGACGACCGGCAUGUAUUCGCAAUGUAUCAGCAAGGCCGCUGCAGAACUGACAGAUGGUUCCACUGGGUGGAACUAAAGGGCACCUGUUGUGUCUCCAGUUCCCCUGGCAGUCCACAAAAGCACACUCAGGAGCGACACCAGGGAAAUCCUUUAUAAUUCGGUCCUUCGCAGCACAUGCUAGUGCUGUUCAUGACGCUGAGCAUAGUAUCCAGUUCCGAUACAGUUGAGACUGACGGAUUUAAGCCCAAAGCAGCAGUACCUACUUGCUUGCCGAAGACGUAGGCCUGCACAGUCAUGUCACUCUUCACAUGCAACGCCUUCCGACUGAAAACCAGCGAAGAGCCGUCGCUUGUCUUGUGCGUCACCGCAGCGUCUAUAAAGACGAUGUCCCUCACGCCUUCCGCGUCAGUGCGAUGCACAGCCCACGAAGAUUGUGGUAGGCUAAUGCGAGGUGUCGAGUUAAAAAGCUCUCUAAAAGAUAAGUCACGCGAGGCAUUCGCGUAGGGCUCGCGUGCUGCUCUCACAGGGCAUUUCAGCGCUUACUCCUGAAGCGCUAGGGAUCCCACCAGGCGACGUCGGCAUGGGCUCAGUGCUGCUUCCACUGUGAGAAGUGCUUGUUGAAGGGGCUACACUGAUGGGCUUGUCGCUUCACUUGCUUGCGAGGGCUUUUGAUCUUCUUGGAGAGAUAUCUUGGUGCCCCUUCGAAAAUCGACGGUACAGCGUCUUUCGCUAGGCCGGCUCUUCUUUUUCCAGACAUCAGCACAUGGCCGUCUAUUUCCGCGGACCAAGUCUUCAUGAUGAAAUGCGGGGCGAAAUGCUUCUCGCAGACUCUGUCCGUCCUUUGAAGCACGCGGUCCUUUCGAGGUAUUGCACGUCUCGAUGCUUCGAGCCUCUAUGGUUCGUUCGGCGGCGUGAAAAGCGAAUACUUUUCCUUGCACGACUUAUACCCCGUUUUGCGAAACGGAACAAAGCACUUUCCCAUCGUGCAUGCUCUUGAAUGAGUUCUUAGUUCUUUGAGCACAGUUCAGUUCUUCAACAACCGGCACAAAAACGUCGCAGAAACAGUACAAAUGCCGCGCACACAGGGACGGAGAGUACUGACAAAACGAGAUGAGCCGGGCGCGAGUUGCUAGCGCCCUCUCUUGGGGCGCCGCGGAAGGAGAACGUCUCCUCUUGCCCGCGAGCUGCUAGCCCGCGCCGUUCGCUCACCUGAAAAUACCUCUUACACCGUGGCGUAAACAUAUAAAGUGAGUAACACUUGGCGCUGAUUUGUAUAUUUGGGAUCAUUUUCUUUACUGCUUUUCAUUUGUUCAUUCUUGUCUGUAUAGUCACGAUUGCCAUUUUUCACUAAUGUCUGAAAGAUUUGACCAAAGAAGUUAACCAUUCAUUUUUUAGCAACUGCCUUUAAUUAAAAGUAGAAAUUAAGACCCUGCUAACAGGAAGUGCCCCUUUCCCAAGUAAAUUAUCAGGAGUGCCUAAACUAUUUUUAUUGUAUACUCAUACGAAGUUGCAUCUUAUGCGCUCGAAAAUGAGUUUGUUAUAUCUGAACAGUUUGUUGUAACGGUAUAUAUUUAACACUAUAUCUAUUGCAAAAAUAUUUUGAGUUUACUUCGUUAUAACCGAUAUUUCGUUAUGCUGUAAAAGCUCGUUAAUUUGAAUGACAAGGGGAAGCAGCCUCAGUUCGAAUUGACGAAAGUGAAGAAAAAGAAUAGUACACUGCGAGUAGGGCAUAACAAUUUAUUUUUUGAAAAAAAUCUGUGAUACCAAGUUGAGUAUCCAUACCAUUAUCGAAACGGCCAGGAGAGCUGAAAGUCGUAGGCGGCUAGAUAGAUAGAUAGAUACGCUCAGUCGCCGAAGUUCACCAAGAAAUGCUUUGCAUUUAGUAAUUCGUUCCAACAUAUGAUUUUGAUAAAAUGAUUUUAAAUUUCUAAUUAUACCCUAGUCCAUGGGCUGCAGUACCGCUGUCGUGUUUGCUGGAAGGAAGGCCAGCUCAAUAGCCUUUGUCUCAACGUUGACUGUGUGAGCCGAACAGUUGUCCACAAGAAGCAAGACUUUGUGGCCACAGCGUUCGAACUUUUUGUCAAGCUUCCCCAGCCACUGCGCGAACAAUUCCCCCGUCAUCCAGGCCUUUUUGUUGGCCGCGUAGUCUGAUUCUUGAAGCAACGAAGAUUUCUCGAUUUGCCUAUCACAAACAAAGGCAACUUCUCGGUCCCGGUCAUGUUCGCAGCAACCAUCACAGUUAUCCGUUCUUUACUUUUCUUCCCUCCCGUGCACUUGUUGCCUUUAUACGUGAUAGUUUUGGCGGGCAGCAAUAUGAAAAAUAAGGCAGUUUCAUCCGCAUUAAAUAUGUCCUGCGGAGAAUACUUCUCCACGUACCCUUGAAGCACUUUGGAGCGCCAAACUUCACACGUUUGUAUGUUGACGGCAGUUCAUUUCACCGGACACAGCACAGAAAACGAGGUCGUAGUGCUCGCCAAAACUGUGCAACCACCCAUCUGAAGCAGCGAAGUCGUCGUAGUCUAGGUGCAGGGCGAAGUUUGCUGCCUUUGCCAGUAUGACUGGGCCACUCAUUUGUAUGCCCUGCAAAUGCCCUUUCUUUAUCCAAAUAAGAAGCGCUUUCUCGAGGUCAAGAUACUUUGCGGGCCGCAACCUCCUCCUUUUGCUCGCAACUUCUGCCUCUAAGGAGUCUUCAAUAGUCCUCCUAUUUUUUAUUUAAGUAGAUAGAGUCAUUUUCGGUAUCCCAUGCUUUUUCGCGAUAUCUUGCUUAGUUAGGCAAGAGUCCGGCGUCCAGUUCCCGCGGGAUUUCAGCUUUCUCCUGAAGUGUUUUGCCGCGGGCAUACGCCAUCAAGUCGGAGCAGCAGAAUCGCGACAGACGGGAAGCUACUACUGGCGCUAUCGCAAUAAAUGUUAGCCGAGGCCUAACACCAACACAAAGAAUCGCGAUAGUCUGAAGCUACUCCCAGCACCAACAACUGAGGUGUACGACGCACGCCCGAGAGGGAGACUGCAGAGAAGACUGGGCAAAGCUACGACGCACCCGUUUUGCUGUGUGCUGGUCAUGCCAUCUGUCGUCUAACAGUGACAACUACGCAGGAUUUUCAAAGGCUCCGAGAUUGGCGCUUAAAAAAAAAGACAAAUCUUGGAGGUUACGUAGGACGGCAAGCAGGCAGCUGCCGAGAGAGAGAGAGAUUGUGGGGGGAGGGGGGUGAAGAGUAAGUGGCGCUACUUCCUGCACUCUGGCCUCCGUGCCAGUUUGCCCGUUUUUAACCUAACCUAACCUAACCAUCUCUCCGCUCCGUCAACGCCGCCUCGUAGCUCGGCAGCCGCCCUAUUGAGUGACUAGCCAAGCCGCCGGCGCAGUGGCGCAUAGUUCGAAUUAUCCACGGCGGAAAAAUUAACGGGUUUUUUUAUUCAUAGGCUUGUAUGGAGCUUAGCCGGGCCAUAACUUGCAGUUCGAAUUAUAAAUAACUUCAAAUAAUUGAAGUUUGAAUUAACGAGCUUUCACUGUAUCAGGUUUUGUUAUAUCUAGGUAUGAGCGUACUUAAUUUUACUGAGGCUUUAGUGUUAAAAUUACUGCAGCUGAACUUGAGUAAUGAUGGUCUUGUUCAGAAACACCUUAAGAUUGUUGUACUGAUGUUUCUAAUCUGUGUGACACGAAAUGCCUUCACUAAGAAAAAGGAAUUGCUUUGCUUCGAAAUGCUCUUGUUUCAUCAAGCUUUAACUGUAGAAUUUCUUGUGUGCUUAGGUGCAAUUUUAAAGCAAAGCCAAUAUGUUUAAAGUUGAAGGGACCCUGAAACUGUUGUGACAAAUUUGUGUGAACACACUGCGCGAGUAAAGCUUGCAUUAAGGGGAGAUGCUACUCGAAGACACUUUUUUUUUUAAAUAUUCGCCCUAGAGCAAUGAAACUAGAGCUGUUUAUGAAACUUUUUAUGCUGAUUUCAAAUAUAUAAUUAGUUUUCUUGCAAGUUGCUUACUUUUAGCUCUGCGAAUUGACAAAGUAAAAACCUUAACCC